ACCAUAACUGAUUUGCUUUACGUCACUGAUAAGUUCGUUUUCCGGUCCAAUAAAUAUAAGUUAUUGUUUUCUUUCGUUGCAUCAUUAGUGAAAGGUGGCUGCAAUCAAGAGUCGCUAAAAAUACCAUCGUCCCUGCUGACCUUCUUUAAGGCUGAAUUGCACAGGUUCUGGAUCAGUUUGUAGCCACUACAUCCCCGUUUUUAUUUGAAGUGAAAUCUGAUCCAGGGUGAGAUGGGCCCGCCUGCUCCCAUGAGUGCCCUCCUGAAGCACCCUUGGCAACCCCGUUGACAUGUCGCCAUGGCAAUUGUGCACCACAGGGAUUUCCUUGGUCCUUGUCUGUUUUCAGUCUGUUUAUUAGCGAGCUAAAGAGACACACCGUGUCACAUAGUUUAUUAUUAUAGGUAGGUAUACUAUCUGAGUUGAACUUUAAUUAAAGAAGAUGUCAGAUAUUUUGUGCAGGUGGCUGAACCAGGAGCUCCGUCUGUCAAAAGCUGUUGAGCCAAAGACCUUUGCCAAGGAUUUCUCCAGUGGUUACCUUAUUGGGGAGGUUCUGCAUAAAUAUCAGCUGCAGAACGAUUUCAGUAUGUUUAUGAAGAAAGACACCUCCAUCUCCAAACUGAAUAAUUUUACCCGCCUUGAGCCUACUCUCCAGUUACUGGGCAUCUCCUUCGACAUAAACACAGUCCAGGAACUGAUGCAGGAGAAGCAGGGUGUUGCCACACGCCUCCUUUAUCAACUCUACAUCUCACUUGAAAAGAAGAAGAGAACAGAAAUCAGUGGGACAAUGAUGGAAAUAAUGCAACCAGCAGCCAAUGCAGGCCUGCACAAAAAGGAGCAUGGCAUCUACUCUGAUCGACUACAUCAGGUGGUGAAACGUGAUGCAGAGCUCAAGCUGCAGAAGAUUUCUGAGCACUAUGAGGAGAAAUGCCAGCAAUUGAGCGAGAGGUCUGUCAUGACCUAUCCCAUCCAGCAAAAGACGCAACUCAAAGUCCAGGAUGAGAAAAGAAUGAAGAAUAUUGAGAAGCUGCAGAUGUACCGUCAGAAGUACAAUGGCAUCAUGCCUUGUAACCAGGCCAAUAUUGUCCAGGUACCCAAGCCACCGCCCUACACUUCACAACUCAACCUAAGGAAGCGACAACAGCAGCAGCAACGCAGAAAACACCAAGCACAGGUGGUCCAGAUUGAAAUAGCCCAGUUUGAGACAAACAGGAAGAAACUGGUUACCUCUAGUUUUGCCUCCUCUUCAAGUGGUAGUGGCCAGCCCAUUCCUGGGGAUCUUUCCCUUGAUGUCAGCAGCCAAGGCUGUGAGGUCCCUGGAAGUGGAACAAAGCUGAUAUUACAAUCUAGUAGCAAGUAUAUACAGGAGCUCCGGCAGAGGAUAGCGGAGAAUGCUGUUGCUCGUGAGCAGAGAGAAAAAAGACGAGACAGAUUCCUGGUGGAGCAGCUCAAGGCUCAUGAAGCUCAAGAGGAAGCACAGCGGGAGGAGCAGCUGGUGAAGCGUUUGACACGUCAGACUCAGCAGGAGCUGCGUUUGGCAUCUCAGCUCCUCCAGAUGCGUAUGCAGAAGGAGGUGAUCCGGGAGAACCGUCUGUUCAGAGAGCAACAGUACCAGCAGCGGAGAGAAAAGGACUUCCAGGAGGCUCUGGAGAGGGAAGCGGCUUUGGCUCAGCAGGCUAAGUUGGACCGCACCGAAGAGAUCAAAAAGGAGCUAGAGUUCUUUAACAGGAUUGCUGCUGAGCGCGCUCAGAGCAGAUACAAGAAGCACUUUAACAGCUGCAAGGACAUUGUGGAGCAGAUUGUGGACUUGGCCACCAAGGUUGGAGAAUAUCGACUGCUCACUGCAAAUCUGAUUCCAGAGAAGCUGAUGAGAGAGUGGAAGGAAUUGCUGUUCAGGGGCCUGCCUCUCUAUGAGCCAGUAAAGGGCCAGCAGGCCGGGUUUGAGUUCUCUACACCACUAGAUCCUGUAGAGCUUAAGAAGCAGGAGAUACUCAACAACCAGGACUAUGAUGAAUACACUAGCAUGGUAGGUGAGUGGGUGUGGCCAGAGGAAGCAGGGGAGACCAAAUUAGCCCCAACCAACAACAUACUUGGACAUGUUGUCCUGCGGCUGAGGAACAUUGUUCAUCCACCCAUUAUGGAACCUUCCGCACCUUCAUUUCCUCAGUUUACCCUCAAGGCCUGUGUCCUGGGCAAGUUUUGCUCUGGCAAGACCACCUGCCUGGCCAAGAUUGCUGAAGCCUAUGGCAUCUGUGUCUUAUCAGCUGACACACUGAUUGAGGAGGCGCUGAAUGCUUAUCAUAGUGGAGAGCAGAAUUUACAGGUCACAGAGCAGCAGGGAGAAAAAGAUAAUGAGCAACUGCUCACAUCCUCAACAUCACCGAAAUCUGACCUUGACACUGAAGAGGAAAGUGGAGACAUUGACAUAAGACUGUCUACGCGGGCCAUGCUGGGAGCAGCUGCAGAAAAAGAUUUGAGAGAAGGCAAUGCUAUCCCUAAUGAGGUGUUAGUAGACAUUAUAGUAGAGGCUAUCAGGCAGGUUCCAGCUCAGUCAGGUUGGAUCCUGGAUGGCUUUCCAGUGGACAUCACCCAGGCCUACCUGCUAGAGAAAGCCCUGGGUGGGUCUGUAGAUGUAGGGAAUGAAGUUGAAAGCAGCAGGGCAAACCUUGCUGCUGAUCCUGAUCCACCCAAACCUCUGCCACCCCCAAAUCCCGUAUUGGAUCUGGCUCUGCUGCUGGAUAUCCCUGAUGAGACUGUGAUGAAACAUGCAUUCAAUCACACUGAUGCAGAUACUGCUGCAGAAACAACCUCCCAUCACACAGACAAAAAUUUAUAUUUGGCACAGAUUCCACACAGGAUCACAGCAUUUCAGGACACCUGGCCAAAACUUGAGCUAUGGUAUGGUGAAAAGCAAAACAUUUUGGUCCGUGUUGAUGCCAGUGAAGUGGAGGAGGAAGUUUACAAGAGGGUGGAGUCUGUCCUGCUGCAAGUUUUGAUGCAAACACAGGAAGCUCUUGCCGCUCCUCCCUUCGAGGAUGUGUUGGACAGUGGGAAAGCUCAAGAGUCCUCUGCGUCAGCCACUCCUCUACCUGUAGACCAACCUCCAUCCCUCACAGAUGAAGCCCCAGGCCCCACAGACUCCCAUUCCAGACUUAAUGAUGAAAAAGCCCAAAGCGUGAACUCACUUUCCAAAUCCAACACACACUCCCCCACAGGGCACUCAAGGAAGGCAUCAACUUCCUCAGUGACCAAUGAGGUCUCUCAGGGAGUCUCUAAGAUCCUACCCGAAACUGCCUCUCCCUGCCCAGGCUCAUCCAGCUGGGUCUAUGUGGAUGAACCUCUUCCCGUAGAGAUCGCAGAGUACCUGUGCCCACAUUGGGACACAGUGUGUGAUUCUUAUGUGAACAACAUAAAGACAGUGAUGCAGCAGCUGCGCUCACAAAGCACUGUUAUCAGCCAUCACCUAUUCAACAUCAGAGAGGAGUUCAAGCAUUACCUGGGGCGUCCAGACUUGAAGCAGGAAUUAGUGUCUCAGUGGCAGAAGGACUUCAACAGCAUACCUGAUGAUAUGAGAGAAGAUGAGGAUACCAAAGCAGAGCUACAUCUGAGACUUGAUGAGUUGCGUGAACGUUUAUGGGACAUCAGUGACAAGCGUAAGGAGCAGGACGAGCAAGAGAGGGCUUCUCUCAUGUGUGACGGUUGGCUGGAGGACCACACUGCCGUUCUCAUCAACCACCAUGCCACACUCACGCAGGUGGAGUUGGACCGUUUCCAGGAGACCGUCUGUAUUCUCAGAGUCUACUAUUUGAGCAUGUACAGACAGGUGCUUCCUGAGCCACCCUCCAACUUUGUCUGUAUCCCCCUAAUGGAAACCUCAGAAAUUAAGGAUCAGGGCGAGAGCACUGAGCCAGUGGACACAAGUGUGUGUAGUCAGAUGGAUGACGGAGAGGAAGAGAGGAAAAUGAAAUUUGUUCCCCUCCUCCCCAGACGUCCUGACUCCUCAGGGGGGGUGUCCAAGACGAAAGGCCAGGAUCAAACAGAACCUCUCAAGCCGCCCCAUGAGAAACUCAUCUCUGACUACGAGGAGGCCCUAAGAGCCAUCGUCAAAUUGGUGUCAGCAGAAGCCCGCCAGGGGGCGACAAAAGAGCAGAAGGAGAAACCACAAGAGAAAGAAAGAGAGAAGACCACUGCAAGUUCAAACAAAACGAAAAAAGGGAAGCAAUCAGCAAAAAAACAGAAAGGUCCACCAUCCCCAUCUCCACCACCAAGCCCUGCACCAGCUGAUGACAAAAACUCAGAGAAGACUCAUGAUCAAGAAGUCAGAAACAAAAUACAUAAAGAAUAUGCAGCUGCACUGGAUCACGAGGAGAAUGCAGCAAAGGUGCGCAUUGCGCUGGUGAAAGGUCAUGGUCUGGUGAUGGUGCAAAGCCUGCAAAGCAGAGCAGAACAGGCCUUUAGCGACAUGGAGAAGUGGUUAGAAGCUCACUAUCUUGCAGAAAUGAAGAGUAUUGACCAGUUAUCAGAAGUGGUUCGCCACCACAUAGAAGCUGCUGCUAAGCUACAGAAUGAACUGGUGUUGGAAUGUACUGACUUCUAUUUGAAUGGAGAUUGCCGAAUGGUGGCUACCCGGACUCCCUCUGCCCAUCCACCCCCUCUGGAGAAACCCACACAGUCCACCCCGACCAUCACUCAGCUGGAAUCACUCCACCAACAACUAUGCAACGUUGCUCCAUCAGGUCUCAUUCCCAGUUCUGAUUUCUCAAGCUUGCUCAGGGAUAUCACCGCUGUUAAUAUGGGCAGAAACAUCUUGCCUGAGCCGUGGGUAAACACGAAUGAAACACAGUUGAUGGAGAUUGUGGCUUUGCUAGUGGAUGACUAUGAGCUUGUAGACUGGCGUCAGUUUCUGCUCAGUGCUGCCCUCCCUUGGUCAUUUCCCUCCUUAACACAGCUGCUGGCCGUGUUAAAACGUUUCAGGGCAGCAGAUACUGGCAACACUGGCUAUAUAAACAGGGAACAGUACCUACAGACAGAGUUGUGGUUUUCCAGUGAGAGUGUACAGCCGGUCUCUGAAGACCCCUCUGAGCCUCUACCUUAUGACCGUCUGGCUAACCUACGCAAGUUCUUUUUCCAGUUGUUUGCGGACCACUCUUUCUCUCCUCCUCGACUGGACUAUGUGUCCAUGCUGCAAUACUUUGCAGCCGACCCUAACCCCAGACAGGGCUUUAUCAGAGCACUUAGUGUAGUGUUGGGACAACAUCUUAAGCACUUCUCACCCGGCCACCUUGUCAGGUCUAUGCCCAGUAUAGAAGAGGCUACAGAGCUCAGCUCCUCAGAACUUGAUGGAGAGUGCAAGGAAGAAGAGACUUCGUGUCCAUCAAGCAGUUCAUUGGUGGGGCAAGAAGUGUCCAUCCCUGCUCUCCUCGAGGUCAUCUGCCACAAAAUCACCAAGAUGAAAGAUGGCAACCCCCUUCCUCCAGGCUGUCUGAGUCAGGAGGAGCACACUGAGCACCUGGUGCAUGUAUUCAGAGAGCUGGGCUACAAGCCUGAGAACGGUGUGCCCUUCUUCAUUCUGUCUCAGCAUCCUUUCAUCCAGGGCCUGAUGGAGACCACAACACACUACCAGCUUGUAAAUAUUCAUAGGGUGCUACUGGCCAAUCAGGGUGAAGUAGAGGCUAACAGCUCGACAGUUUCCUAAAGGAUGAGACAUAUACAAUACAUGCUGAUGUCUGCAUCAUGAAGAACUCUUUCACUUAGGAAAUGAAAACAAUGUUGCUUUUGCCAUUUUCAAGUAUUCUCAAUACUUUUACAUUAUUACAUAAAUGUUUGCUGUCAGCCGUAUUGCUCAGUAUUGAAUAAAUGCAUUUGCACACAUA